GACGGGGUGACGCCCCUCCCAGGCAGGCGGCACCUGUGUUUUGCUUCUAUUAUAAAAUCACAGACCUUUGGAAGACGAAGGCAGAGUGUGCUGGAGAAGAGAAACCUGCUCCAGAGCUGUUCGCCAGGUGGUUCCUGUGGACGAAGCAGCCAUGUCAACUCUGUACCCGUCACUGGAGGACAUGAAGGUGGAUCAAACCUUGCAGGCUCAGGCGAAUGCAGCCACCAGGGCUCUGGCUGGGGCUGCAGAGAAGUCAGAGCCAGCCAAGGCGACUGCCCCACCUGUUCUGUACCCAAACCUCAGGGAGCUUGGGGAUUACAUGGGGCUCUCGCUCUCCAGUGAAGAGGUCCAGAAGGACCUAGCCCUGGUCCCAGCAAGUGGCAACCAGGCAGGGGCCCUGGUCCCUUCCUCCCCGGGUGUGCUGGUCGCUCCACUGACGGGAAACAACCUCGGGCUGCGCAGGGCAGAGAUCAGGCCGGGCCUGCGGGAGCUCCAUCUCUGCAAGGACGAGCGUGGGAAGACUGGGCUCAAGCUGAAAAGCAUCGACCAGGGGGUGUUUGUGCAGCUGGUUAAGGCCAACUCCCCGGCGUCCCUCGUCGGGCUGCGCUUCGGGGACCAGGUGCUGCAGAUCAACGGGAAGGACUGCGCUGGCUGGAGCACGGACAAGGCCAACAGGGCCCUGAAAAAGGCCUCCCCGGAAAAAAUCGUCGUGAUCGUGCGAGACAGGCCCUUCCAGCGCACGGUGACAAUGCACAAGGACAGCACGGGCCACGUGGGGUUCGUCAUCAAGAAGGGGAAGAUUGUUUCUCUCACCAAAGGCGGCUCUGCAGCCCGGAACGGCCUCCUCAUCAACCACUACAUCUGUGAGCUGAACGGGCAGAAUGUCAUCGGCCUGAAGGACAAACAAAUCCUGGAUAUCCUGGCUACAGCUGGUAACGCUGUCACCAUCACCAUCAUCCCCACAGUGAUCUAUGAGCACAUGGUCAAACGGCUGUCACCUGGGCAGAUCAAGUCGUCCAUGGACCACUCUCUUCCUGAUGUUUAAAGCCAGGCACCUGGUCAGUGGGAGCUCAGAGAAUCUUCCUUCCUUUUAUUAAAUGCAAUAUAACAAAGACUUCCUACAAUGCCUGGGAAAACAGGUGCAUCUCUACGGGGAAUAUUCUAGAGCAAAGACCAACUGUUUCCUUUAAUCUUUUAUUCAUUCACCUGGACAGGCUUGAGCCUUGUUUUGUCCAUCGAUCGGCUGGAGUCCGAAGGAGUGUGGGGAGGUGGAUGUGGGUAGAGAUGCGGGUGUACACACACAGAAGAGAGGUGAGUGGUUGUGGGGGGCCUCCCUGGUGGAGGCCAUGUGAUGCAACUCUUUCAAGACCCCACACACAGAGAGCUAUUUUAAUAAACUAAAUUAAAGAUGUUCCUCUUUGCCUGUUCUCAAACCGAGGGAAGUGAGGGUAGUUUUAGGAGCUAAUGAAUCACUCAGUUGAGUGGCCAUUGGCUCAGUGGCCACUCCAGCAUCGAGUGUGCCCAAACCACUGUGCAAUAUUGCCCCAAAGUAGUUUACUAUUGAAGGGUGAGCCCUGCGGCUGGAUA